UUCCGCUUCCGGUUGUCUGGGCGCUGGGUUCCGGAGAGAGGUUGCUGCGGUGGUCACGAUGGGCAAGUCAGACUUUCUUACCCCGAAGGCCAUUGCCAACAGGAUUAAAUCCAAGGGUCUUCAGAAGCUGCGCUGGUAUUGUCAGAUGUGCCAGAAGCAGUGCCGGGACGAGAAUGGCUUUAAGUGUCAUUGUAUGUCCGAAUCUCAUCAGAGACAACUAUUGCUGGCUUCAGAAAAUCCUCAGCAGUUUAUGGAUUAUUUUUCAGAGGAAUUCCGAAAUGACUUUCUAGAACUUCUUAGGAGACGCUUUGGAACUAAGAGAGUUCACAACAACAUUGUUUAUAAUGAGUAUAUCAGCCACCGAGAGCACAUCCACAUGAAUGCCACUCAGUGGGAAACUCUGACUGACUUUACCAAGUGGCUGGGCAGAGAAGGCCUGUGCAAAGUGGAUGAGACACCUAAAGGCUGGUAUAUUCAGUAUAUAGACAGGGACCCGGAAACUAUCCGCCGGCAACUGGAACUAGAGAAAAAGAAGAAGCAGGACCUUGAUGAUGAAGAAAAAACUGCUAAAUUUAUUGAAGAACAAGUGAGAAGAGGUCUGGAAGGGAAAGAACAGGAAGCCCCUGUUUUUACAGAAUUAAGCAGAGAAAAUGAUGAAGAGAAAGUGGCAUUUAAUUUGAAUAAAGGAGCAAGUAGUUCAACAGCAACAUCUUCCAAGUCAAGUUCUUUGGGACCAAGUGCAUUAAAGGUAAUAGAGGCCACAGCAUCAGUGAAACGGAAAGAACCUUCCCAUAGCUCAACUCAAUCAAAAGAAAAGAAGAAAAAGAAGUCUGCACUGGAUGAAAUCAUGGAGAUUGAAGAGGAAAAGAAAAGAGCUGCCCGAACAGACUACUGGCUACAGCCUGAAAUAAUUGUGAAAAUUAUAACCAAAAGACUUGGAGAGAAAUAUCAUAAGAAAAAGGGCAUUGUUAAGGAAGUAAUUGACAAAUAUACAGCUGUUGUAAAGAUGAUUGACUCUGGAGACAAGCUGAAACUUGACCAGACUCAUUUAGAAACAGUAAUUCCAGCACCAGGAAAAAGAAUUCUUGUUUUAAAUGGAGGUUACAGAGGAAAUGAAGGUACCUUAGAAUCCAUCAAUGAGAAGACAUUUUCAGCUACUAUAGUCAUUGAAACUGGCCCUUUAAAAGGACGCAGAGUUGAAGGAAUUCAAUAUGAAGACAUUUCUAAACUUGCUUGAGUUUGAAAAUUUGUGAACAUAUUAAAAUACUAAAGCAUCAAAUUGGUGUUCGCCAAGGCAUUAUGAGACUCUACUGUGUUAGGGUAUUUCUUUUAUAUGCAACAAAGGAUUUCUGUAAAUAUUAUUGUAUAGUUGUUUAGCUAAACUUGUAGGAAAUCUAAUUAUGUCUUAUGAAAUAUCAAACUAUGUAAAUUUGUUCUUAUUUUUGUUUUCUUUAUAUUUCCCUGAUUUUUAAAAUUUGCAUUAAAAGAAUAUUAUU